AUGGAUUUUAUCAGUCAUUCCCGUAUUCAAAAGAUUCUCUCAUUCCUACCAAAGCUAAGGGGACUACAGCAAAAUCUUACACACAAAGUUAUUCUUACCACUCACAUGAUUCUGUUAUGUGAUCCGCUUCAUAAGAGUACUGCAAUCGAAUUGACAAUGGCUAAAGAUAAAAAGUGUAAAAAUAUUCUGAUUGACUAUGAACUGUUGAUGUAUAUCGUUACAAGGGAGAGAAUUACUUAUAUGAUGUCGAAAGUAUUGGACUCGACAUUGAAGCUUGCUUUUCUCUAUGGCAAUACCGAGUAUAUCGAAGCGAUUAGGAACUCGAAACACGAUAUCACAGAGAAAACUUGGCAAAAGGGAUUCUUACACGCAAUCAAGAGCAGGGAUAUCGGAUGCAUUCGAUACCUAUUGGAGGAGAUCAAAAGAUCUUCAAGAUGCGACCAAGCUUCACCUUCGAUGAGCUUAUGCAGGAAAAAGGAUUCGACCGAUAUAGGAUACUCAAUCAUUACAAAUCCAAUUGGAUUUUCGAUUUGGAGAAUGCAAAGUAUGCAAUUAGAAAUCAGGAGUUGUUCCUCUUGUCCACCAUCUACGAGAGUUCACUCAAGUACGAUAGUUAUUUCCAAGAGUUCAACCAAUCAAUCUCGAGCACAAUACGAAACGGAAUGA